GCUUGCAGAGACAGUGGUAACCGUGGAGAUGUCCAGGGACAUUGUUUAUACCAAGGAAGAUGUUUUCGGGGGAACCGUUUGGAGUUGACAACCAUAACUAUGUCUUUGAAGAGUCCAUGUGUGAAACUCCAGAUAUGUCUACUUACUGCCAGACUGGGGAUGAAGUGACCCCAAGAAGCACACCACAACCUGGCUACUCAGGUUCUGAUAGCUCAGGGAAGAGACCCUUCCUAGUUGCUGCAAUGUUUCUGGGGCUGCUGUGUGUUCUACUGGCUGGGAUCAUUGGCCUGUCAGUCUCCUUUCAGUUAACAGCGAAAACCUGCACCGAAGGAUGGCAGAGGUUUGGCUGCAGCUGUUACUACAUCUCUACUGAGGUGAACACCUGGGAUUAUGCCAGACAGGACUGUCUGAACAGAGGAGCAGACCUGGUGAUCUUAAACAGCGAAGAUGAACAGGUAUUUCUCACUACAUUUGAUCGAUGGAUCUGGAUUGGUCUGACGGACAAAGGGACACAGGGAACCUGGAAAUGGGUGGACGGCACACCACUCACCAAAGCGUUCUGGUGGUGGUCAGAACCUGAUUCUGCCACUGGAGAGGACUGUGCUAUGAUGUAUGGAGGUGUACAAAAUAUUCCUCUACACGCAUGGAAUUACUUUAGGUGUGACUUGGAAUUGGAAUGGAUUUGUGAGGUGGUUGUUUCUUAACAAUACCAUUACAACAUUGUCUACCCUCAAACAACAACACACACACACCUUAAACUUGUCAUGCCAUAUUAUGCUUGUGAUAUUGUCACAAUAAAGUUGA